AAUCUUACUCUCUUUCCUCUAACUGACUUAACGAACUGAGCUAAUAGUGGUAUCAGAGCUCCGGCGAUCUGUGAGGGAACAUGACUACCGGUAGUGGAGGCAAUCUGAUCGGAAAUCUACCAAUUCUUGAUUCCAAGGAUCUUGAUGGCUACGACAGGUGGAGCAUCAAGAUGAAGACUAUUUUUGGUUUCCAAGAAGUCUUGGACAUAAUUACUUCCGGCGUACCAGUGCUUGAGGACACUGCAACGGAGGUUCAGCGGAAUCAACAUAAAGAAGCGAAGAAACGGGAUUGCAAGGCUCUCUUUUACAUCCAUCAGUGCGUUGAUGAGAAAAAUUUUGAAAAGAUUGCGACAGCCUCCUCUGCUAAGGAAGCGUGGGACAUUCUUGAAUCGAGUUAUGCCGGAAUCUCAAAAUUGAAGGCGGUCCGGCUUCAGAUGCUACGACGUCAGUAUGAAUUACUUAACAUGGAGCCUCAAGAAUCAGUAAGUGAUUAUUUCAAUCGCAUUUUGAGUAUCACUAAUUUGAUGAAAUCAUGUGGUGAAACGCUGAAGACUCGAACAAUCAUUGAAAAGAUUCUGCGCACCCUACCUCCCCAAUUUGAUGUGACUACCUCAAAUAUAGAAGAAUCCCGUGAUCUUGAUACCAUGAAGAUUGAUGAACUUCAAGGGACAUUGGAGGUCCGUGAACACAGGCUUAAAGAACGAGAUGCUCAGAAACCUUCUACCUCUGAACAAUCUCUGUUGGCACUUCCUCCCAAGAAGCAUGAGUUGGGGAGAGGAAGAGGCACCUCAAGAGGUGGCCGAGGUCGAGGCAGAAGGGGUGGCAGAGGUAGAGCUGCUUCAAGUGGUCGCGGUCAGGGUAUUCCUACUGAAUGUUAUCAGAAGGAUACAUAUGGAAGAGGUAGAGGAAAUCCCAACUGGAGAGGAGGAAGAGGAAAUCCAAGAGGCAGUUCAAGAGGGGGUGGACGGGGUGCGUGGAAAGGCAAUGACAGUUAUAAGGAUAAAAGUAACAUUCAAUGCUAUGUGUGCAGUAAAUAUGGUCAUUUCUCUUAUGAAUGUUGGUACAGAGAUCAGUCUGGUGAAAAAGAAGAGGAAGCACAUGUUGCAGAGAAUCAAGGUUCAGAUGAAGAGGUUGUACUUAUGGCUACUACAAUGGCAGAAUCUGAUCUGAAUUGUGAAAAUACUUGGUACCUGGAUACAGGGUGUUCAAACCAUAUGUCUAGUAGGAAAGAUUGGUUUGUUGAACUGGAUGAAAAUGCCAAGAGCAAGGUCAGAUUUGCUGAUGAUAGUAUCAUCAACACUGAAGGAAGAGGGAAAAUUCAAAUCAGUUGUAAAGAUGGUAAGAAGGCCCUAAUUUCAGAUGUAUUGUUUGUACCUGCUAUGAGACAUAAUUUGUUGAGUCUAGGGCAAUUGCUAGAGAAAGACUAUCGAAUUCAUAUGCAGGAUAGAUUCAUGAAAGUAUUUGACAAAAAUGGUGUUUUAAUUUUAAAGGCUCCUCUAUCCCCUAACAGGACCUUUAAGAUUGACAUUCUUGUUAAUAAGGAUGUAUGUUUCAAAGUUGAUGCUCUAGAAGAAAGUUGGUUGUGGCAUUAUAGAUUUGGACAUCUAAAUUGGAAGAGUUUAAAGCAGUUGGGUGAAAAGAAAAUGGUUAUAGGUCUGCCUUCCAUACAGUCUGAAGCAAAGAUCUGUGAAAAUUGCAUUGUUGGAAAACAAACUAGGAGAGGGUUUAAAUCCUGGAUUCCAACAAGAAGUAAGAAGGUGCUGGAGGUUGUCUACUAUGAUGUGUGUGGACCCUUUGAGGUUCCAUCUUUAAGUGAAAAGCAGUAUUUUGUCUCCUUCAUAGAUGACCUUAGCAGGAAGAUGUGGGUUUACCUGUUAAAACACAAGUCUGAGGUCUUUACAACUUUUAAGAAGUUUAAAAACCUGGCUGAAAAACAAAGUGGAGAAAUGAUCAAAGUACUCAGGACUGAUGGUGGAGGAGAGUAUCUGAGUAAUGAAUUCAAUCAAUUCUGUGAACAAGAGGGAAUAAUACAUGAAGUCACAGCACCUUAUACCCCACAACAUAAUGGUUCUGCGGAAAGGAGGAAUAGAACAGUGCUUAACAUGGCUAGAAGCAUGUUGAAAGCCAAGAAUUUGCCCAAGUGUUAUUGGGGUGCAGCUGUAACUACUGCAACCUAUCUUCUCAAUAGAUGCCCUACUAAAAGAUUGAAUCAAAUCACACCUGAGGAGGCUUGGUCUGGUCAGAAACCAUCUGUGAAGCAUCUGAAAAUAUUUGGGUCUGUAUGCUAUAGGCAUAUACCAGAUGAAAAGAGGAAAAAGCUGGGUGACAAGAGCCAAAAGUUGAUAUUGGUAGGCUAUGAUCCUACUAGGGCUUAUGUUCUCUAUGAUCCUGAUGAGAGGAAGAGUGCAAUCAGUAGAGAUGUGAUAGUAGAUGAAUCAAGCUCUUGGAAUUGGGAUGAGAAGAACUCCACACAUGUACUGUUUCCAUUACUCAGUACAGAAGAUGGAGAGGGGUUUAAUGAAACUCACAAUGAAGAUAACACUUGGGAUAAUGAUCAGAAUUCAGAAGAUAAUCAGAAUGUGAGGACAGUAAGGAGCAGGAGAGCACCAAGGAGGUUGAAUGACUAUGAAGUAUUGUCUGAUGACAUGAUUAACAAUGAUGGUGAAUUGGUUCAUCUAGCUUUCUUUGGUGAGAUUGAACCAGUUAAGUAUGAAGAUGCAGUGAAUGACUCUAGAUGGCUAGAUGCAAUGAAGGAAGAGUUAUCUGCAAUACAGAGGAAUAACACUUGGGAAUUGACAGAUUUACCCAAACACAAGAAAGAGAUUCCAGUAAAAUGGGUUUAUAAGCUAAAGAAAGGACCUGAUGGGUCUAUUGUUAAAUUCAAAGCUAGAUUGGUGGUCAAGGGUUUUCUGCAGAAAGAAGGAAUGGAUUACAGUGAAGUUUUCUCUCCAGUUGCUAGAUUAGAGACCGUCAGAACACUAGUAGCCUUGGCAAGUCUCAAAGGUCGGAAAUUACAUCAAAUGGAUGUAAAAUCAGCUUUUCUGAAUGGCCCUUUGAAAGAGGAGGUAUAUAUCUCACAACCACCAGGUUUUGAAUUGAAAGGCAGUGAAAGAAAGGUAUACAAACUCCAUAAGGCUCUAUAUGGCUUGAAACAGGCCCCUAGAGCCUGGAAUAGGAGGAUAGAUCAGUUUCUAUGCAAACUUGGUUUCAUCAAAUGCAGUGUUGAACAUGGAGUGUACAGCAAAGCCUCAGGGGGAGAACUGAUCUUAGUAUGCUUAUAUGUUGAUGAUCUGUUAAUAGCAGGGAGUAAUGAAGAUCAUAUUGGGGAAUUCAAAAGAAGCUUGAAAAGUGAGUUUGAGAUGACAGAUAUUGGAGGCUUAGCUUAUUUUCUUGGAAUGGAGUUUGUGCAAACCAAGGAUGGUAUAUUAAUACACCAUAAGAAGUAUGCAGAAGAUAUUCUUGAAAGAUUUGAGAUGAAGAACUGUAAUCCAGCUGUUACUCCCUGUGAAACAAAUCUGAAGUUGGGAAACAAUGAAGAAGGAAAACCUGUGAAUCCAACUAUAUUCAGGCAGAUGGUAGGAAGUUUGAGAUAUUUGUGUUCAACCAGACCAGAUAUCACUUAUGUUGUAGGGUUCAUUAGCAGGUUUAUGGAGAAGCCAAAGACAUCACACUUGAUUGCAGCUAAGAGAAUUCUUAGGUAUAUUAAAGGUACAUCAGAUUUUGGCAUUCUACUGCCAAACUCAGUCAAGAAUAAGGAAGAACUGGUGAAUGGGUAUGCUGAUUCAGACUGGGCAGGUGAUCUGACAGACAGAAGGAGUACCUCAGGGUAUGUGUUUAGGAUAGGUGAUGCACCAGUAUCCUGGUGCUCAAAGAAACAACCAGUGGUGGCAUUAUCAUCAUGUGAAGCAGAGUAUAUAUCUGGUGCCUUUGCAGCCUGUCAAGCACAGUGGUUGGAUUCUCUGUUAAGGGAAAUGCAGAUUGAAACUAAUACUACAACAGUUCUGAAGUUGGACAACAAAUCAGCUAUAAAUCUGGCCAAGAAUCCUGUGGCUCAUGCUAGAAGCAAACAUAUAGAAACCCGGUUUCAUUUUCUCAGGGAUCAGGUGAAUAAAGGGAAGCUGAAUUUGAAGUACUGUAGUACACAAGAUCAAUUGGC